UCCUCAUUACGCGGCCGUUGGGGUACAUAAAGUAACAAGUCGUACCAUUCUCGAUGAAAUAACUAUAUCACCUUGAAUGCCGUUUUGAAUCUCUUGUAUGGCAAUGCUAAGAGAGGUACUGACCAGAUUGGCAUGAGAGACCACAUUGUUCUUUAGUCCAUCCGUUCCCCGCACCAAUUAUUGCACUCUGUAAAAGAGCUUGUCAGUCACUUGCAUUGUCUGUGACGCUACUCUCUGCCUGAAUUACGACCGAGUAGCAAAGCUCCAUUAAUUGCAAUGCUCUCACUUAAAGGUCGGGUGGCAGUUAUUACUGGGGGUUCUCGAGGUAUUGGCCUUGCAUUUUGCCAAGGGUUGGCUGAAGCCGGAGCCGACAUUGCUAUUUUCGACAUCAUCUCGCCUUCUCCUGCUUUCGAGAAGAUAUCAACUGACUACAGUGUUCGGACGAAAUCAUAUGAGGUUGAUGUGACUUCUUUAUCGAGCCUGGAGGCAGGUUUUGCUUCUGUAGCGGCUGAUUUCGACGGGAAGCUUGACAUCUUUGUGGCUUGCGCUGGCAUAAACAAGAUGGUGGAAUUUCUCAACACAACUGAAGCAGACCUUGAUCACCUACUCAAUGUUAACGUCAAGGGCGUUUACUUCGGUGCUCAAUUAGCUACGAAGGCUAUGAUCUCAAAUGGAACCACUUGUGGAAGUAUCAUCCUUGUGGCAAGCAUUGCCUCGUACAUCACUAUUCGAUCUUUGAGUCAACCAGCUUAUUGCGGAACGAAGGGCGCUGUUCGCGCGUUGGUUGCCCCGAUGGCGGCUGAGUUAAGCAAGCACGGAAUACGAGUCAAUUCCAUUAGCCCUGGCUAUGUUAAAACUGAGAUGACUGCGCCUUUCCCUCACAUGCUCGAAAUUUGGAAGGGGGAGAUUAUGAACGGGCGUCUUGCUGAGCCUGAUGAUCUCAAGGGGGCUUGUGUGUUUCUUGCCAGUGACGCUAGCAGAUAUUGCACAGGCAGUGAUAUCCUUGUAGACGGAGGAGUUACGAAAUGGUAGUAUGUAAGGAGUUCAUAGGACACUGAAUGGACAGUAUGUAUGCUAGGAAAAAUAUGUUAUCACGGUACCAUACAGGAAGUGUGCGUAGUCAGAUUCUUAUCCUGACAACGUACAUUAUUUGAUACCGUCGCGAUGUACCGCUGCACUUAUGUUCCUCGCGAUGACGUCGAUCGCUGUGAUACCAGUUCAUACCAUGACUUCACUCCAGUUGAAUGAUACUAUGUCUACUCUAGGUCACGACAUCUAUUAAAAUUUAAACUACAGCUACCAUGCAUGGCUGUUGCUAAGAUUCGCAUCUACCGGUUUUCUCAUCAACUCUCCAAUACAUGCCUUCGCUCGUAGUCCUAGAGUUUCACG